AUGCCUGAAGUUACAUGUUGCAUUCAGUCAGUCAUUUAUCUCAAGGAUGUCUAUGCCUCAAGCAAAAGAUAUCUGAGUAUAGAUGUUGAUUAUGGGAACCCAGAUAAGUCAUCCACAGAAGAUAAUAAAGAAGACAUGGGAUCGCCAGUGGAGCGGGAGACUACCUAUCAAUGGACUGAUGGCAGAGGGGCAUAUGGGGAUUGGGACUUCACCUCCCCCAAAAGGAAGAUCUUUGAGUGCCCUCACUGUACAUACACCACUCCUGCUAGCCAAACACUCAAGAGGCAUAUUCUUACUCACACUGGAGAGAAGCCAUUUAUUUGCCAGUACUGUUCUUAUAGUACUACUAGAAAAGCUCUCUUGAGGGAGCACAUUAAUACGCAUACUGGGGAAAGGCCAUAUUCUUGUCCCUUUUGUGAAUACCGAUCAUCGCACAAGAACAUUCUGAAGAUUCACAUACGCAGGCACACUGGAGAAAAACCCUAUAUUGAUUAUGGGUUUGCCUGUUAUAUGAGUGCACUUACUUAUUUUACUGAAUAUAGAAUGCUGAUUAUCUUGAGUCAGUUGAAGAUGUACUUUACUUUUGACUUCUUCUUCUUUGUAAGCCAGUGGACUGAUGAGUCACCCACUGGAGCUGGACAGGGCAUCACUACCAGGGUGUAUUACUGCAAUCACUGUACAUUCAGCACAACGGGUAUAUAUUCUCUGAAGAGACACAGCUUAAAGCACACAGGAGAAAAGCCAUAUGUAUGUCCUAUUUGCCCAUACAAGGCAGCAAGGAAAGAUAUGUUAAAGGAACAUACAAUGACACAUACAGGGGAGAGGCCUUUCAAGUGUGCACACUGUUCGUACAGUGCUACGCAGAAGAAUGUUCUCAGGGCUCAUAUUCGACCCAAGUUGAAUAGUGGUUGCUUUUUAUGUAUAAAAAUGUUUGAUGGAAAUGUGAAAAUUUUGGGUGAAUUUGUUUAUUUAACAUUUAUGAAUAUUGUAAACAUCAAGCUGCUACCUUUGAUUAUAUGUUUAUCAAACAAGAGAGUUGGUGUAAAGUACAUGGUGGAGCUGGAAUCAAACUGCCAGUGGCACGAAGUAAGAGGCAGCACAGGCGCUUGGCAGGGCCUCCCUUCCUCCAGCAGUGGCCACCAGUGUCCUCAUUGCCCCUACAACACAACUGAAUCUAAUAAGCUGAAGAGACAUAUUCUGAAGCACACAGGAGAGAAGCCUUUUUCGUGUCCCUACUGUUCAUACCGAGCUGCAAGAAAAGAGCUCUUAAAAGAUCACAUCAACAUCCACACUGGAGAAAGGCCUUAUACUUGUCCAUAUUGUCCAUACAGUUCUUCCCGUAAGAACAUUUUGAAAGUCCAUAUCCGUCGACAUACAGGAGAGAAGCCUUAUGCAUGUGUGCAUUGCCCAUAUCGUGCUGCCCAAAAAUCAAACUUGAAUAAUCACCUUUUGACCCAUAAAAUGAGUGAUUCAGAUUUACACUGA